AUGUCUGCACUACAAUGGGCAUUAUGUACACUUGGCCAUCCUUCACUCUCAAACUGUUCGGGUCUGCCAACACAACACUCGACCGACCUAUGACGGAGACUGAAUUAUCAUUGUUAGGAAGCAUAUCGUCUAUAAGCGCUAUAAUGAUAACCCCAUUCUCUGGACUUCUGCUGGACACUCUUGGACGAAAGUGGUGCUGCAUUGUCUUUUACAUGGCACAACUGAUGGGCUGGGUAAUCAUCGUCAUGUGGUACAAAGUAGAAGCAGUUUUGUUCUCCAUGUUUCUGUCUGGCCUCAGCGCAUGCAUGAUGCUCGUCAUCCCAAUCUACGUCAGCGAAUACUGCCAAGAAUCUAUCCGUGGGUCAAUGACGUCAGGAUCUAUGAUCUUCUUCGGCAUCGGCAUGUUACUGUCGUAUUUGUUGGGAGGACUUUUGGAAUAUAAAAUGAUGAACUAUGUCAGUCUGAUCUUGACAGCUCUGGGAAUAGUGAUGUUCAGUUUUAUGAAAGAAUCUCCUUUAUUUUUGAUGCAGAAAGGACGCGAGAGGGAAGCAGCGAGAUCUGUAGCAUUUUACAGAGGUAUGAAGACUAGUUCUAAAGAAGUGAUCCAUGAAAUAGAAAAUAUCAGGCGAACUCUAAAUCCCAACAUUGAAGGCGAUAUUACUCCUCAAGAGGAAAAGGAAUUAAACCCAGAAGCACCAAAAAAGAAACUGCCGCAGUGGAAAUACCUAUUGAAAUCCCGCUCAUCUCGACGAGCUCUAUUGGUUUCAAUUAUGCUGUACUCUUCAAGCAUUUUCCAAGGGCUGGUUGUAGUGCAAGUAUACGCCGAACCGUUGUUUGAAAAAGCCGUGCCGAGUAUGUCGGCGAUGGUGUCGAGCAUUCUAUUCGCUAUCGUGUCGGUGGUAGCUGGGUUCUUCGGAGCUUACCUUAUUGACGCUAUUGGAAGACGUCCUCUUAUGAUAUACGGAUCCUUGGCGACCGGCGUGUGCUGUAUUAUCCUCGGCUCACAAAUCCACCUCGACUGGGGCCCGAGCUGGCUGACCGCAGUGUUCAUGCACGUAUAUUGCGUCACAUAUAUAAUUGGUGCGGGGACGGUGCCUUACGUCAUAGUCGCUGAAAUUUAUUUGCCUGAGAUUAAGAGCUUUGCGUCGAUGUUGUCGGUAGAGUGGGCUUUUACCUGCAACUUUGUGAUUCUGUUCAUCUUCAAUCCUCUAGUCGAUGCUGUCGGUCUCGGUCCUGUGUUCUACUUCUUCGCACUUUUCUGCUUCCUCACUAUCGCCUUCUGUUAUUACUACUUGCCGGAGACGAAGGGCCUGCCAGUAGACGCGAUACAACUACUAUUUCUCAAGAGAGCUGAUUUAAUAUAG